GACAAGCACAAUGUACGGCAGGGCCGAUGUGACACCUGCAUGGUGAUCGGAGCCGUAAUUGUCCUGAUUAAGCAGGCAUGUUGUCAUGAAAGCUCACGUUCCGCUCACGGCUCGCUGGGGGGCGAGUAUUGUUCCCCCUCGUUUAGGUCCUGCCUGUGGCCAACUGGUGUCCACAAUGCCUUCUAUACCCUUUGUCGCCGUUUCCAUGGCUCGAAAUCAGAUUAGUCUGUAUUAAUCACGUAGCAGCCACAGAUCAAGCUUCAAACGGCGACUCCCAUAAACGGCAAAGCGGUCGGACAACCCCAGGCGUACGGUGUAGACCAGACAUCAGUCCCGGCAAACUUGGCUGACUGAAACGUAAACGGAAGCAUAUUGUGUCAGUUUGUGGACAAAACAAUAUUUCAGAUAAAAAUCUUACGACCAAGGUCUGUGCUGCCCCUGUGACCUUAAGAUGGAGGGCAGGAGUGGACUGGACGUCUUUCGCAGUGCGGCAAAGAAAGUGAAGAUGGGGAAGAAGCUGGAGAGAGUGAUGAAGGGGGACCGCAGUGCCACCUCGGCCACCUCACAUGACACCUCGGAUGUAGACGGUACUAAAUCUCCUGAGCCGUACAGCUGUACAGGUGAUUUUGAAGCGGAUUAUACAGAACUGUGUAACCGGGCGGGGCUCAUGGAGAUCCCUAAGGUGGUGCCAAGGCCCCAUAGGCCAGGACCACCUCCACCUCCUGACCCUAAGUGUGCCACCCCCAUGUCCCAAAGAGAGAGUUGUAAAAGUGCUCGUAGCACACGUAUGGAGAAAGUGGAGGAGCCGACAUCGCCGGUGCCCUCUGAGCAGGAGGAGCCCCCUCCCACCACCUACACUACCAGCGACAAGUUUGACUACUUCAGACCAAAGGUACAGGUGGAACUGGAGAAACCUGAGGACAAGAAGAGCAUGACAGAGGUCUACAUAAGAGGUUGGAAAGUGGACCAGAAGUACAUCGACAUCUUCAAGCAAUGUUUCCCAGCAGCAGACAAGCUGCAUACAAUCGACUUCUGGAACGUGGGUCUGACAGACAACACUCUGGCUCAGUUUGCAGCAGUUGCUUCACAGUGUCUCAAUCUCAGGACUGUCAAGCUGGACGGGAACCCUGUGCCAGGGGAAGGUUUUCAUCAGCUGAUAGGAGAGGACAGCAUGAUUGUGAGCAUGUCCCUGAGAAGCUGUAAGAUAACAGACAAGGGUGCAGAGCUGAUUGGGAAGGCGCUGUCCACAGCCAAGACACGGAACCAGAGUCUGUGUGCCCUCAACCUCAACAGUAACCUCAUCACAGAUGCAGGGGCCUGCCACAUCGCUAAUGGUUUGAGGAUGAACAGGACACUUUUAGUUCUCUCCAUUGCCAACAAUGCCAUCGGAGAUGACGCUGCAAAGAAGUUUGGAGAGGUGCUGUCCAGAUUUUCCCUGACCCAUGAGGAGGUAGUGGAGAGGAGGAAAGUCCUGUCAGAGAAGGGAGCUCCAGACAUCAGAAGAUCUCCCAUCUCCAGGAGAGCAGAGUCUCGGGACAGACCAGGAAGCCAGAGCAGCCGGUCACAGCUGGACAAGUCCAUGGCCAAGUCUGGACGCGCAUCUUCUAAAGCAAAGAAGGACAAAAAGGAAGAUGACAAGAAGGGAAAGGGAAAAGAUGACAAGUGGAAGAAAGAGCCACAGCGGGGUGCUUCCAAAGUUGUUUCCCUUGCAGAGACUCUUGGGAAGGCGACCAAGGGUAAAGGUCGGCAGUCAGGCGGCAAGAAGGGCCAGGGAGCCGGGUCGAUAACAGAAGCUGAGACUCCAGACAUCCCAGAGAUUAUUAACCCCCUGCUGGAGGAGGCAGAGAGAGUGGAUGGAGAGCUGCUCAUCCCAGGCAACAGGGCACUCAUCAACCUCAACAUCUCCAGAAACAGAAUAGGAGAAGCCGGCCUGAAGGCCCUGUUGAAGGGGAUCCAGUACCAGAUCACUCUCACCACGCUGGGAUCACGGUCAGGCGGCACUGGGCUCAUGAGGCUGUCUGUGCAGAAAAACAACUUCUCGCCAAGCCACGAGCUGUACCUGAAGGUUCAGGAGUUGAUGAUGACACGAGAUCCACUGUACAAACCGCCUUCUAAAACUCCUGAUGACGAGUCCACAUCACAAGCCACUGGGUCAUAGUACGCAGUUCUUGUGCCAUGGACUAUGUGUAUGUAGUUUAAACCAUAAAGCAGUUCACAUGUUUCUAAAAACAAAUCAAGUAUUCAGAAGGGCAGUAUCAUUUUGCAAAAUACAUAAUCUGUUUUGGAUACAGAUUAUAUUCAUUUUAUUGUACAGUUAUAUGUUCCUCAGAGAAAGUGUAUAUUUGUUCGUUCUCUAUAGAUUUUUAAAACUGAAGAGUUAGUAUUUCAUAAAAUGUUACAAUUGAGUAUGGAAAAGUAUAUACUGUAUUGUUCUCAGACAGUGUAUCUUGCCAAUUCUUUUUUAAUACGAGUGCAAUAAUGUGAACACUGGAAAACAGUGCAAUGGUUAUAAACAGUGAAGUAUGUUAGCAGUGUUUGGUGUUAGUCUUUGUAUACACUGUACAUAUAUAAGGUGUGGCAGUGAUUUUAGUACUCCAACACCUCUGCCAUGUUUUAUGUAAGAUAGAAAGGUGUUGUGCUUUUGUAUGAACUUUUAUUUCAUGAAUAUAGUUUGAUUGCACAUAAGCUUUCAUCUAGUUGCACAGCUUGUUUCAAAAGUUUACAAAUUUUUGUAAAAAGAUAUUUGGUGGAUGAAAAACACAGCCAAGCAUUACUGGGUCCCGCAUGUCUCAAAGCUGGUAGAUAGUCUGUUUCUGACGUAUGUAUGUACAUACUGGUACAUGUACAUUCUGGUAGUAUGUAUAAAUCGACUGAAAUUUGAAAAGUGUAAAGUUAUCUGAGAUUAUUUUGGUGUACAUAAAAUGUUUGUCACA